UGAAUUUGUCGGAUGUCUACUACUUGUUGACUGAAGACUUUGAAUUGUCAUCAAUUGUCAUCGCGCUCUUCCAGUAUCAGAGACGAGCGAUGACCCAUUCAUCUCUGCCGCUAUCAUCUAAUGAUAUUUUAUAAAGCCUCUCUUUAAGGACAAGCAUUAAGUUUAGUGAAAAUGGGUUCUACAAAGAUUGAAUUUGCUGUACAGAUGACAUGUCAGAAUUGUGUGAAUGCACUACAAAAUGCUCUCUCAGUAGUUGAUGGCGUACAAAAUGUUGAAAUAUCGUUAGAGAAUGGGACUGUAAUCGUUGAUACUUCUCUUCCAUAUUCCUUAAUACAGGAUAAAAUAGAAGAUACUGGAAGAAAGGCAGUUUUGAAGGGUUACGGAGUUGAUGCUGAAAGUGCUGUAUCUAUGCUUGGAGGAAAUUCAGGGUACAGUAUAAAUAAUGAAGUUAAUGGUGUAAUUAGGUUCGUGCAGACAGAAGAAGGCUGUAUUAUAGAUGGUACAGUAGAUGGUCUUAGUCCAGGACCUCAUGGAUUACAUGUACAUGAAUGUGGAGAUAUAUCGAAAGGUUGUGAAAGCGUUGGUGAACAUUUCAAUCCUGACAACACCAUACAUGGAGGUCCCGACAAUGAUCGCUCAAAGCGGCAUCUUGGUGAUCUUGGUAAUAUUGUUGCUGAUACGGAUGGAUGUGCGAGAUUUAGAAUAAUAGAUAAUCUAUUAAAAGUAUAUGAAAUCAUUGGUCGAUCACUUGUCGUUACUGAAGGCACAGAUGAUUUGGGAAAAGGAAACAAUUCUAUGUCCAAAGUAGAUGGUAAUAGUGGAAAGAGGUUAGCCUGUGGCAUUAUAGCACGUUCCUCAGGUUUAUUUCAAAAUGUAAAGAAGAUCUGUGCAUGCGAUGGUGUUACACUUUGGGAAGAGAGAGAACAAUCUGUGUCUAAAAUGAAAAAUUCAACAAAAUAUUCAUCCACGGCCAUACAGAACUGAGAGAGGAAUGGGAAAUGAUUUUUCUGGGACAACGAUUCAUAAUGGGGGAAUGGAAUGAAACUUUCAUUAUUACAAAUAAUGUAAAUUUAAUAAAAGUAUACGUAUACACAUAUAUGUUGGAAAAAGUAAACAUUAAAAUAAAUACUUCUAAACAAUGGAAUUUUUUGUAAGAAUGCUCAUUCUAAACAAUUCAUGGCUGUGAAUAAAGCACAUUUAUUUUAUUAAUUUUA